UUUUGCUUUCCUUCGGUCUCUCAGGGCACCAGACCAGCCAGUCAGUGGAAAACAAGUAUUGGUGCCAGGGCCUUCGGCGGGAUCUGAGGCGGCCUUCUCACAGACAGGUCCAUGGACGCGGCUCGCGUGGCCAUUGUGGGAGCAGGUGUGAUGGGGCUCUCUACCGCCCAGUGUAUUUCCCAGCUGGUUCCGCGAUGCUCCAUCACCGUCAUCGCAGACACGUUUACUCCUCACACCACCAGUGAUGUGGCAGCCGGCAUUCUUAUUCCCCAUGCCUAUCCAGACACACCUGUCCCCACGGUGAAGCGGUGGUUUAGAGAGACCUUCGAUCACCUGUCUGCAAUCGCCAGGUCAGCGGAAGCUGUGGAUGCCGGUGUUCAUCUGGUGUCUGGUUGGCAGAUAUUUCGGAGCGCCCCUGCCGAGGAAAUGCCAUUUUGGGCUGAUGUGGUUCUGGGAUUUCGAAAGAUGACUGAGGCUGAGCUGACGAGGUUCCCUCAACAUGUGUUUGGUCAGGCUUUUACAACUCUCAAGUGUGAAACUCCUGCCUACCUGCCGUGGUUGGAGAAAAGGGUAAAGAGAAGCGGAGGCCUGCUACUCACCAGGCGAAUCGAAGACUUGUGGGAGCUCCAUCCAUCCUUUGACAUUGUGGUCAACUGCGCAGGCCUGGGAAGCCAACAACUUGUGGGAGACCCCACCCUAGCCCCAGUAAGGGGCCAGUUGCUCCGAGUGCAGGCUCCCUGGGUGAAGCAUUUUAUCCGAGAUGGCAGUGGGCUGACGUAUGUCUACCCUGGCGCAUCCCAUGUUACCCUGGGUGGAACCAGGCAAAAAGAAGACUGGAAUCUGUCCCCAGACGCAGAAAUUAGCAGAGAUAUUUUUUCACGAUGCUGUGCUUUGGAGCCUUCCCUUCACAGAGCCUAUGACAUCAAAGAGAAGGUGGGCUUGAGGCCCUACAGGCCAGGUGUGCGGCUGCAGAAAGAGCUCCUAGCCCGGGGAGGACAGAAGCUGCCUGUGGUCCACAACUACGGCCAUGGGAGUGGAGGCAUCUCAGUGCACUGGGGCUCUGCUUUGGAAGCCGCCAGGCUGGUGAGCGAAUGUGUCCGGGCCCUCAGGACCUCCGCUUCUACAUCAAAGCUGUAGAUGACGUGAAAUGACAGCAAAUAGUCCCAGAGACCACCGCCCGAGUACAAUCGAAAGGCCAGAACAGGUUCAAAUAACUUUUGCCUUGAGUGAUAGUUUAAUUAGAUAUAUUUUGUUGCCAAAAUUGGGGAAUGAUACAAAACAUAUCAGUAAACUUAGGAAAUCUACCACUAAUGGCACAGAGGAUAAAGUUCCAUUUUUGUUACGAUAAAACCAACAGCAAAACACCUUUUAAAUAGGUAUGAUUUCUUGUGGAUCUGCUGGCCAAGGAUCUGUGUUCAUCUACAUAAACUAAGGAAAUCACAGGGAUUUUAAUGUUUGGGCUCAUUAAUCAAGAGGAGACAAUGUACAGGAGACAAUUAAUCACUGACAAUUGCAGAGUUGUGCAUGACCUUCUUGAGUUAUCACCAGAUAGUAUAGUCCCUCUAAGUAAAAAUCAUAUGGUGAAUACAUAAUGUGUCCUGUAUUUAGUUGAAGACAAAGCGUGGUUACUGCUAGUACUGGUGGCUGAUUCUUUCCUCGCAGCUGGUAAUGAUGUAGAAGAUGACGGUGCUACAAAUGUAGCAUAAAUUCAGUAAUUGUCUGGGGUUUAGCACUGGUUAGUGAGAAACAAGGGAGAAAGAUUCCUUUAGAUCAUAAUUUCAGAGGUUUCAGUCCCUCUUGGUGACAGGAGGUAGGAUAUUCUUGAACAGAACUCAUGGCAGCCCGGAAGCAGAGAGGAGGAGUAACAGGACCAGGGUAAGAUAUAGCCUCCAUAAAUAUGCCCCCUUCCCAGUGACCUACUUCCUUCUAUCAGGCUCCACCUUUAUCGUUUCACCAUCUCUCAAUAAUCUAUACAAAGUUUGAAUUCCUCUGUGGAUUAAACUAUUCAUCAGAGUCCUCGGGAUCUCAUCAUCUCUACAACCAUCCUCACAUACUCCCAGAGGUGUGAUUUACGAGUCCCCUAGACCUUUGUCAGUCUGAUCAAGUUGAUAAGACUAACCAUCACAAAAUUAAAA